UUGGAUUUGCUUCCAGGUCUUUCCUAAAUUAGAGAUACUGUCAUUAACAAGUGAUUAUGUCGCAAUGAUAUUUGAUGAGCAAUUUCCAAGGGACCUCUUUUGCAAUGUUAAAGUUCUUCGUCUCUUAACUUAUGAAGAUAAAUCACUCUUGUUUUCAAUUCGCUUCCUUCAAUGUUUCCGCAAGCUGGAAAAGCUUCACGUAGCUGAUCCUAAUUUGAAGGAGUUAUUCCCUUCUGAAGGAGACGCUGAUGGUCAGGAGAAAUGUGUGGGAACACAGUUACAUAUUAGAGAGUUGAAUUUGGAUUUUCUUCAUAAUCUGAGGCAUAUAUGUAACCAAGACUCAAGAGGAGCUGACCUAAUUCUUCAAAAUCUUAAAAUUCUGAAAGUGAACGCCUGUUCUUGCUUGGUUAGCUUAACAGCAUCUACAGUACCUUUCCACAAUCUCACCACUUUGGAUGUACAGUGGUGCUUCGGGUUAAGAAACUUGGUUUCAUGCUCAACAGCUCAAAGCCUGGUUCAACUUGAAACAAUGAGCAUAACACAUUGCAACUCGCUGACUGAAGUAGUUGGAGAUGAAAGAGAUGGCUUAGAAGAUGAGAUCAUUUUUAUGAAAUUGAAAGUUUUGAAACUCAUACGGUUAACAAAGCUCACAAGCUUCUGUUCAAGACUUAAUUUCGCCUUCAAUUUCCCAUGUUUAGAACGCUUGGUUGUGAGUCAAUGUCCCAACAUGGAGACCUUCUGUAAGGGAGUCCUAAAGACUCCAAUGCUGCAGAGAGUAGUAUCACUGAAUGACUACUUUUACGAUGAGGGGCGUCUGGUGGGUGAAUUGAAUAGCACCAUAAAUCAAUUGUAUGAAGAAAUGGUUGGAUAUGCUGGGUUAAACCAUUUGAAACUCUCGGAGCUUCCUAAAUUGAUGGAAAUAUGGAACAGGAACCCUCAAGAUAUAUUGCAUUUCCGAUGGAUUUCUUUUUUGGAAAUUUGUUACUGUGAUAGCUUCAGAUACCUCUUAACUCCAUCCAUGGUGUUGAGUCUUUCUGAACUCCAGGAAUUGAGGGUACAAAACUGUGAAAUGAUAGAGCAAAUCAUCACAGUAGAGGAAGUUAUAGAGGUACCAGAAAAUAAAAUGAUAUUCCCCAAACUGAACACCCUUGCUCUGAAGUCUUGUCCCAACUUGGUAAGUUUUGUUGUGGGAAGUUAUAAACUUGAGUUUCCAUCAUUGUUUUCUAUCAACAUGGAUAAUUGUCCAAAGAUGGUAUCAUUUUCAACAUUUUCAAUAAUGCAAGAGAAAGAGACAACUGUUGCAGGAAGUGAAGAAAGGCUUGAUAUCUCUACUGAACCAUUUUUCAGUGAUCAGAUUGAGUUUACCAGCCCUCUUUCUCUGACAUUGUCCUCAAUGAACAUGCAACAAAUAUUCCAGAAACUACUUUCAACAAUGCCUUCUGUUGUUCGAAGUCUAAAAGGCUUGACUCUUAAAGGAUAUGAUGAAUGAGGUAAUAGUAACAGAAGGAUUAGUAGAAGAAGAAAGGAUGUUGUUCCCAAAACUUGAAUCCCUACAACUUGAAAGCCUU